GCGUUAAGCCGGCUUGAUUCCUUCGUAUCGUAGACAACAGACGAAUGCAGCUGCGAUUCUCUACUCGUCGCCUGUCAAGCGGCUAUCUUCUUUUCUUUCUACGUGAAUGAAGUGAAACCAUUCAAAACAAACGUGUAGGUAAGGUCGUCAAGAGCUUUAGGAACUUCAGGAACCGUAACAACAAAGCUAUUUCAUGAAAGGUGUUUGACAUAAGUGUGUUGUAUAUAUCGAUAGCUUUGUUUACGACUACUACACUAAUAGUCGAGCUUUAUACGAAUAUUAAUCGUUGUAAUAAUGGUACAACCGCCGACAGCAUGUACUUCAUCUUACCCAGAACGAACUGUACAGAUCCAAGACAAUCCUUGGAAACUAAGGGCCAACUCUGUACCAAUUAAUGCCCAUAUAGCAAACAAUCACCGACAAGAGCGUGUGAUAAACGAUCGGCAGGUACUCAGUCGAUGAAAUCUUGUAGCUCUGCAUUAGACUUGGGGCCAAUCAGUGUUCAAAAUCGUGAAAGGUUACUAGACGCUUUUCUGCCUGAUAUUCGUCGAAUUCACUCACGAAUGGGUUACGAAUACCGAGUUCGUCCGUUCAAUCUGAACCACGAGAAACUCAAGAGUGUACAGAUUCGUGCCAAGACGGUCUGGGACUAUCGCCAUCUUCGGGAACAUUCUGAUGAAWCUCUUGGUCAUGGRGGAAAGGCUGCCACUAGUAUAACACCAAGACCGGCAUGGAUUGCCAAGGAACUGCCUGUAAAUUCAAUGAAUGAUAAGUUAUUUCCUGAAGAAGGACCUUCUAUGUAUACGUAUGUUAAAAGACAACUAUGGGACUACGAAGAUAAGCGAUAUAUGCAGAGAGCUACUCCUAAAAGGUGCCAUAACAAGUAGAACAUUAAAGUACAUAUAUUUAUAAAACAUGGAAAAGGGGGUCACGGAAUCAUAACGUUGAAAAUACGAAGUGUCUAGAUACCCGGCACCUGGGAACCAAUUUCGAAAUACUAGAUUCCCGGGAGUUUUUGAUUGUUGAAAAAAAUCGUCAAAUAAACACACCUUUGCCCAUUGAAA